UCGACGCCUUCGCCACGCCCUCUCCAUCCGCGCCCCGCCCUCAGUGGCCGCCGCGGGUGACGUCACGAGGGGGAAUCGCUGCGAGCAAGGUAGUUGGGCAGCGGGAAUGUGACGUAGGGGAGGUGUAGGGGCCACUCAAAAAGUAGUGGUUGUGUUUACUACGAGUCAGUCAAACGCGCACCUGUUGAGAGUUGACACGGCUAGCAGACACCCCUCGGCCGCCCGCACGUGCACACAUACACUCCCGCACACGCCCAGGUGCCACACGCCCGUCUGUCCCUGGGCGGAUGAAGGAGUGAGGGAGUUCUGGAGAGGAACCAAGCAUGUUACCACGAGGGUGUGUUGAGGACGCCACCUCCUCCCUAGUGUUUGGGUCACUGCUUGUGGAUGACGCCUCGCCCACGCCGUACUCAGACGCCACGCAGACCAAGAAGCACCCGCCUAACCACGUGAAGCGGCCCAUGAACGCCUUCAUGGUGUGGUCGCAGCUGGAGCGGCGGCAGAUCGUCUCCCAGACCCCCGACAUGCACAACGCAGAGAUUUCCAAGCAGUUGGGCCGCCGGUGGAAGCUUCUGUCGGAGGAGGAGAGGCGCCCCUACCGUGAGGAGGCGCAGCGGCUCAAGAUCCUGCACCGCCUCGAGUACCCAGACUACAAAUACCGCCCAAAGAAGAAGAAUCUCCGUCCCUUCCCGCCUCCUCUGUCCUCGGGAAACCGCGCUGGCGACCCGUUGCGCGGCGUAGCGGGGACAGGCGGCGGCAGGAUCUGCAAGACAGUGAGCCACGCGCCGCCCGCCACCGCCGCCACCGUUAGCAAAGUGCGGGAGUGCCUGCUGAGUGGAGGCCUGAGGAACGUGACCAAGGAGAUCAGCAGGACAGCGUGCCCCGCGGCCAGCCCCCCUCAGCAACAACCCUCACUUCCGCCGCCCACCACAAUCCUACCGUCCUCCACGCCUCCCCUGGACCUUCCGGACUCUCCGGAGAGUGCUAGCAUGUUUGAGGACCGCCCCGCCCUCUGGCUGCCCUGGGAUUGCUCCUCCCUGAGUUACGAGGAGCAACAGCAGCAGCAGCACUUCGCGUCCUUUGAUGCCGAAUUCGAGUGGGACGAGGCGCUGCUGGGGUGUGACCUCGUUGCUGCGUCUCCCCGACAGGAAGAGCCUCCCACCCUGGCAGACCUGGACGACAUUGGUGUGAAGGACCUGGUGCCACUCACCCCGGACCUGUCCCUGGACCUGCACGCCCUCGGCACUGACUUGGACCUGCUGGCGACGCUUGGGGACGAGGAGGAGGAGGGCGCCCCACGCAGGUUAGCUACGCCACCAACCCCUGCCUGCCAGGACCUGCCUCCCGCUACGUUGGACUGGGACGACUGCCUUGACUCCUUCAUAGACACCAUGGACCUACCGGCCCGUGUCCCCCAGGCGGCGCCAUGCCGUGCGGACAUCGCCCCGGCAUCCUCGUGGCUGCGGCCGGCGCUGGAGGUCUCCUACGCCCUAGGUGACCCCUCUAGAUGAGCUCCUAUGUGCCUCCUUAUUUCCCUUAUUUUUUGGCGAGCUGGUCUCUGCUCCCACCGGCCUUACGCGCCGCAGCCCUCUCUGGCCGCUGCGAGUCGUCUUGUAUCUCCUGAUCUCAUCGGGUAACACACCCACCAUGACCCAACACGACUCAACAUGACUCUUCUUUCUCUGUCUCUCACUCGGCCUCUACCCCGCCACAAACUCUGGUAAGUCACCACCUCCCCAAUCACCUCCUCCACUGCCUUCAUCACCAUCUCCCUCGCUCCCUCCUCCCCUCCUUCACUCCCUGUCGUGUGUGAUAUACGCCCGCCUCUAGUGUAGACCAUAUUCUGAAACACUUCUGCUCGCAUCCGGACUACUUUUAAAAGGCUCUGAUUGAAAUUAUACAGAUAUCUAUAAAAGUAUUUUUAAUGUUCUAGUGACACAUUAACAAUAUUUCUACGUUAUCAAAAGGAGAAACAAACUUGAGAACUCGGCUGAUUAUAUCUGUGGCCUUCGUAAACAGUAUUGAUGAGAGAGAGCAGAGCGUUUCUGAGUACGGGUUUUCUUUCUCCCUCAACACCUCUUCCCUUCUGGCUCACCUGUCCUCUUCUCUUUUCCAGAAUAGAGAACACAAGUGCAUUUGCUCCCCUGUCUUUGCGGAACAGCGGCGCGUGGGUAGUGGUGAUGAAAAGCUAUAGUGCUGGCGAUACAUGUUUGUCUGUCUGUCUCUCAGUCUUGCCAUACCAGCAUCUCGAUUAGUGCUGUGAUAAUGUGUGAUGUCUAGUCUUCCCGGUGACCACAAGUUUUCUCUCGGCAUUUGUUGAGAGAGAUUCGUUUUCGCGCUACAGAUACACCUUUGCUGAAUGGUUGUCUCGCCUGUCGAUAAAAGCACGGGUGAAUGCACGCACUGAAACGCUACGUGAGGUUAUUACUUUUUUUUUUGUGCUUAGAUUUAUUGAGGUCGUGAUUUUUUUUCGGUGUAUUUAUUUGUAAAUAAGCUCCGGCUCGUGAUUCUAAUUGUAGCAUAUUUUUGGAUGGAUUUUGGCCUGGUUUUGUACUUUUUUAUUGUCUCUUGUCCUUGGUUCGUUUGUAAACGCCAAGAUCACUCUCCGGCAGUCACGAGCUGUUCCUUUUGUUGGGCGUGUAUGGGACUAAGUUGUUUUGAUAUGUAUAAGUGCGCGCUUGAUUCUCUUCGAUUUAUUCAUUGUCAUUCAUACUCGCUGUUAUUUCUCAGUUUAUUUAGUUAUUAAUAUAUUCAUUCAUUCACACAUUCAUGCAUUCAUUCAUUUGACUGUUCAUUUAUCUAAACAUCUAUUAUCUUGUCUGUAUAUCAACUAAUCUGUAUGCCAAUAUUUCAUUUGAUUUAUUCAUUCAUCUUACGGAAUAUAAUUUGUACAAAAUGCUAAAAUUCAUUUGUUUAUCUAUUUACUAUCAUUGUUUUAAGUAAGAUGGCUACUUGCCAAGAGAAAUUAAAAAUAAAAGAAUAUUAUUGAAUCAAUAAUGUAAAACGAGCAGCAGCACCCAAAGUGAAAUUAAAUAGAUAAUCAAAUGUUAAAGGAUAAUUAGUGCUUUGAAGCUUCUUGACAGAGUUCGUCCAGUGAUUUACUUGUUUUUGUAUUUUUUUACACAUUAUGUUCUUUGAUUUAUUAGUUCAUUAAUUCAUUAAUUGCAUGAAAAAAGUGUAUGAAUUCUUCGGCAAGUUACUCACGCACUUUUAUUUAUUUAUUCAUUUAUUAAUUCAUUUUUAUUUAUAUAUUCAUUCAUUUACUUAUCCUUUUACUUAUAAUAUACUUUUGUUUCUUUUUUCUUUUCUAUAUUUCAAAUUCAUAUAAGUUCAAGAUCUCAAGUUGAUUAUUAAUAAGUAACGUUGAUGACUUGUUAGGUCUGU